GAACCCUUCCGAAAGGAACGCAGGAUGUGUGCUGAAUUUAGUUUUAGUACAAGCACUUUUGUAUAUAGUAAAUCGAGUCAUAUAUAUUUUUUUUCUGCCAUGAAAUACCUAUUUUUUAAUACACUAGUGGUAGGCACGAACGAUUUUGCGACACUAUGUUUCGUUUUACGGUGCUUCCCUAAACACGCCGAUAGAGGUUGCAUUAUCUAGAUUUGAGCAAUCCAUCGCAGUCCAGACAUUACUAUUGUAAGCUUUGUCACAAGUCAUGAACAUCAGGUGCUGUGUUGUUUUACUCCAUUUGUUAAUGUUGAUCAAUGAAGUGUCUCUGUUGGUCACCGUUGAGGGUGUCGUUGGAGGUUCUGUUGUUUUACCUUGUUCUUCUGAAGAAUCUCAGCUUACAACUGAAGAUAUUACAGUAAAUUGGAAACACCAUGACAGUUUGAAUGUAUAUGCCAUUAAUAAUGGUCGAGUCUCUGUGGAAAAACAGGAUCCACAGUACAGGAACAGAGCUGAAAGUUUUCCUGAGGAGUAUCUGAGAGGAAACUUCUCCAUCAAACUCAACAACCUUCAACACACUGAUGCAGGAAAAUACCAGUGCUACAUCAUAGAGGAAUCAAAAAUUCCGACUGUGGAGCUACGUGUCAAAGUGCCUCUGCAGGUCUUGAUUGUGGGUUAUGUUGGAGAUUCUGUGGUUUUACCUUGUUCUUCUGAGCUGAACACAGCUGAAGACAUUACAGUGCACUGGAGACACAAUGAUAGUCUGAAAGUCUUUGACAUUAUUGAUGGUAAAGUUUCUCUGCAAGAGCAGGAUUCAGUUUUUAAGAACCGAACUGAAAGCUUCCCUCAAGCGUUUAAGACUGGAAACUUCUCCCUCAAACUCAACAACCUUCAGUACAAUGAUACAGGAAACUACAUGUGCCACAUCACAAAUGAAUUACUCAUUUACAGCAUGGAGCUACUCGUCAAAGAUGAAAAAGACCAAGGAACACAAUCAAGAACAGAGAAGAUCGUAACUUUAGUGGCUUUGCUUUCUGUUUUCAUUCUGCUCUGUAUUUAAGUAUAUUGACCGGAGAAGCAGUUUGUCUUCUUAUUACAGUAUCUACAUGAGCUACUGUAAUGUUACUGAGUUUCCAACCUCAACCUGAUCAGCUGAGACCACCACAACCUUCAAAAACAGCUGAAGACACUCCUCAUCCAUUUUAUGUGUUCAUUUAUUUAAUGUCCCCCGAUAUCCUCAAUUUGAUUAGUUUUUGACUGUUUAGGGGAAUAAAUGUAAAGACUGGA